AGAUGAAGCGAUGGUUUGGGAAGAAUUGAAGCUUCGCGCUGAAGAUGACUACAGUGUCGAUAUGGAUAUAACACAUUGUGGAAUCUGCGGUAGUGAUAUUCAUACUAUGGAUGCAAAUUGGGGUCAACCCAACUAUCCAGUAUGCGUAGGACAUGAAAUUGCUGGUAUGUGUACUCGUGUCGGCAAGAAAGUGACCAAUGUUAGAGUGGGUGAUCGUAUUGGUGUGGGCGCACAAUCCGGUUCUUGUCAUACAUGCAAAACCUGUACUUCCGGAAACGAAAACCUCUGUCGUCAAAAACGUACAGGUACUUAUAACAGCUUUUGGCCUAAUGGCGAUAAAUCCUAUGGUGGCUAUGCUGAUAAAUGGAGAGGCGAUUGUCGUUUCGUCUUUAGAAUUCCUGAAAACUUGUCAAAUGAAGUGGCUUGCACCUUCUUUUGUGCUGGUAUUACCACAUAUGCCCCUUUGAAGAGACAUCAGGUGGGUCCUGACUCAAUUGUUGGUGUUAUGGGCAUUGGUGGUCUUGGCCAUUAUGGCAUCUUGUGGGCUAAAGCAAUGGGUGCUAAAGUCGUUGGUAUGUCUCAUAGCGAUAAAAAGCGUGAGCUUGCCUUGGAACUUGGUUGUGAUGAAUAUGUCGUUACCAGUGAUGCUGCAAAUUUAGCUGAAUACAAAAACGAAUUCUCACAUAUCCUUUGCACUGGUACCAGUAGUGAUUUCAAAUGGGAAACAUAUGUGCCAUUAUUUAGACCCAAUGGUGUGUUCAUCAAUGUUGGUCUUCCGGAGUGGAAAUUCCCUGAAAUCAGUCCCAUGUUGCUUGCUAUGAGCCAGGUCAGUAUCUGUGGCUCCAACAUCGGUUCCCCAGCUGAGAUCGAGGACAUGUUAAAAUUUGCGGCUAGACACAACAUCAAACCUUGGCUACAAAAGUAUCCUAUGAAAGAAGCCCCUAAAGCUAUCGAGGACUUCAAGGCUGGAAAACCCAGAUUCAGAUUUGUGUUGGAGAAUUAAAACAACUAUAAGAACAAGUUGACUGUCGCCUAUUUGAAAGCAAGGGCCCAAUGUUCGAAAAAAUUGUUGAAAUCAUUGUAUAAUGUAUACAAUUUGCACCUGAGUAAAAGAAUAGAUUUUUUAUACAUCUUCCUUGCACAUCUCUAUCUUCGGCUACACAGCUAAGAAAAAUAGGG